AUGUUCAAGAAAAAGCCCACAAUCAAAACACUUGCUCCUCUUCGUUCUUCGGACCGACGAAAAAUCGCUGAUCAAAUAAUUGAGCAGUAUAAAGUACCGCUUCCCCCACCAUCCCCCACAGCAAAUCCAAAUGACGUGAAAGCAACAGACGAGGCACCUGCCCCAACUGUUGCUACUAUUCGCAAUGCUCUUCUUCCCGAAAAUACCCAAUCAGGCCGCUUUACUACAACAGUUGGCCCCGAGCUUCGGCCGGUGCAAGGGACCCUGUAUGUCGGUGCUCACCCCGAGCGCGAAGAAAGAGUAUUGUGGUUCAGGCUUGAGCAAGGGCCCGGAACAGACGGUCGUAUAUAUCCCACGGUAUAUACACUAUGGCACAACCCUGGCGUCAUCCCAUUGCUGCACACACAGGCGCCUGUAAUGGAGAAGCUGUAUGGCGGCGCGGACCUUAUGAUUCCUGGCUUGACUAACGGGCCUCCUUUCCCUGAGGGGUUACAAAAAGGCACAGUGGUAGCGGUAGCCAAUAUCGAGAGACCAAGCGUGCCUACGUUUGUUGGGGUAUGCGAAAUUGAUAUUUCGAGGCUUACCGCAGUCCAUGGAGUUAAAGGGCAUGCUGUUAGAGGAAUGCAAUGGGAGGGAGAUGAAUUAUGGGGCUGGAGCUCCGCUGGUCAAACUGGCCAAGCCGCUCCAGAACGGCUUCACGGCUGGCUAAGCACUCCCAAAGAUUUAGGAACGGCCAUGAAUGAGCUGAACCUAGUGAAAGAUGAUGACGAGGAAAGUCUUCGGGGUGAAUUAGAUGGCGGGAUAACCCUAGACGGGGAAAAGGAGGAAGUUGAAAGCGGCGAGCCUGAGAAGGAGCCAACCACAAAAGAAAUUGAUGAGGCUUUCGUCAAAGCAUUUCUAUAUGCUCUUUAUUGCCAAAAGGAGAAGCAUCCCAACCCACCAUACGGACUUUCAUUCCCCAUUCAGCCUUCUUUUGUCGUCUCAAACCUCAUCACGCCAUUCUUACCAAUCUACACCUCACAACAAACCCAGUAUUACCAGAUCAAGAAAACUUCCUGGAAGAAUGUUAAGAAAUUUGUCAAGUAUCUUGACAAAGAGAAGCUUAUCAAAUCCAAAGAUCGCAGUGGAGGGGAAACAAUAAUACAGGAUGUCGAUUUUGAAGAUACCAGGUUGCUUGAGUUUAAGCCCUACAAAUUACCACCAAGGUCUGAGGCCGUGAGCAAGCAACCCGGCAAGGCUCCAUCCACUCCCGCGGCCGGGCAAAUAUUCGAUGUUAAAACUCUCUACCGACCCAGCGGCAAGCUUAUCCCAGAUCUGUUUCCGCCUCUGGCGAACACCGACGUGAAUAAUUACUAUUCAGCAACCGACGUAUCAAAGCGAUUAAAUGAUUACCUCUCGUCGCAAGAUCCUCCAAUCAUCUCGUCAUCAAACCCUAGAAUUAUCCACCUUAAUCCCUUCAUCAGCAACAAGGUACUCUCUUCCAACUCUCAGACAGACAUUGCGAUACUAUCCCGUGGUACGAUUCCACGAGACACGCUGCUUAAAAGGCUGCUUGAAGAUCCAUCGCUCUGUGCACCCUUUCACGCGAUUCUCAAGCCCAACCAGACUAUAAAAGAUGUGAAGCCAAAAGCGGGCGCUCUUCCCAAAGUUUCGCUAUUGAUCGAGCGCCGGACAGGUUCGAAGCUUGUGACGAGAAUAACUGGGCUAGAAACCUUUGGGGUCUCACCGCAAAUGCUGGCUGAUGAGUUGCAAAAGAAAUGUGCCAGUAGCACCAGUGUGACUCAAGCCGUUGGUGCAGCGAAGGGCUGCAUGGAAGUAUUGAUACAAGGGGACCAUCGUCGAACGGUGGAGAAAUCGCUGGGAGAUCGAGCUGUCAAGUCUCAAUGGAUUGACAUUGUAGAUAAAUCCCAGAAGAAAGCCGCAGGUGGGAGAUAG